CGCAGGCCGUGUGCACUCGCUCAUCAAGACGCGCGCCGACACGACAUAUUCCAUCACAGAGCCAUCACUGACUACCUCUGCCGCCGCCUGGCUGCUUCCAUGCUAGAUUUUAUCGCAGUGCGACACCCGCUCGAGGCAGGACGUCGCCAUCGUAGCCGGCCUUCCCUGUGAGGCCGCUCCAGUGCUGUAGCGCCAAGGCUCCCCACACCGCGAGAGCGACGACAUGUCCCUCGCGGCAUCAGCACAGCGGCCCUCCAGCAAAGAACGCCCCAACCAUGCCCGCGCGCCCUACUCUGCGCCCAAUGCGACCCACCUGCGCACUCCCAAUGCGACGCUGAGCGACGAAGCCAUGUCAAACGGCGGAAAUGCACACAGUCUGGGGGAGGGGGCUGCCGACUCGACCGCGGAGGAGGAUCCCCGGACGGCGCGCUGGAGGGAGCACUACUUGCGCACCGAAGCGCGUCUCAACGCGGUCCUGGGCGGGACGAACGCGGCCGACCUGCUUGAUGCCCUCGAUGCUGCCCCCAAGCCCUCGUCUGAUGAUGCUCCGACGGCGCAUGACGCGCGCCCGGCCGUCACACCGAAGAAGGCCGCCCGCGCCAUUGACGAAGACGACUAUGGCGACGACGACGAUGACGACGAUGACGAAGACGAAGACGACACACGCACCUCGCCGCUGCUUGCCAAAAGCGCUCUCAACCGUGUCGCUGCCACCCCGGCCACGCCAAGCAUCCGCAUACCACCUCCCACACUCAAGUCCAGCCACGGCCGGAUAGGCACGCCGUCAUCAGAGCAGGCCAAGUCCUCGGAUGAUGUGCGCAGGCAAUUGCAACAAGACAAGCAGGCUGCCGAGGAUGCGGCUAAGCAGAGCUUCCACACGCUGUUCUACACCCUGGAGAGCGACCGCGACGCCAUGUUGGAGCAGCAGAAGCUGGACGAGCUCGACCGACAGGUGGAACAGGAGACAUCGGGCGCCCCAGCGAGCGCCCCAGCCAAUGGCACUGCCGUCGCCGCCCCUCAGCAAGGCACCCUCAGCACCACGAACCUCGGCGCAUCGAGCCUGACCCUCAAACACCUUAUCUCUCGCAUCGACGCCCAGCGUGACCGAGUACAUGCCACCGACGCCCAGCUACGCAGUCUGAUAAGCGAAGUUCGGAAGAACAGGAGCAAGUGGGCAAAUGAGGACCGUGUUGGCCAGGAGGAGCUGUACGAGAGCGUCGAGAAGGUGCUCAUGGAGCUCAAAGCUGGCGAGCAUGCACACCCUUUCCUGCAACGUGUCAAUAAGAGAGAAGCGCCGGACUACUACAACGUGAUCAAGCACCCCAUGGACAUUGGCACGAUGAUGAAGAAGCUCAAGCAGCUGCAAUACAAGUCAAAGAAGGACUUCGUCGAGGAUCUGAUGUUGAUCUGGUCUAACUGCUUGAAGUACAAUGCCGACCCCAACCACUUUCUUAGGAAGAAAGCUCUUCAUAUGAAGAAGGAAACUGAGAAGCUUGUACCCCUCAUUCCAGAUAUCGUCAUUCGCGACCGUGCUGAGGUUGAAGCCGAAGAGCGGAGGAUGCGCAAUGGCGAUGUCGAUGCCGAUGGUGCUGACGACAGCGAGGACGAGGAACCCAUCAUGGCGUCACGAGGCCGUAAAGCGCCCAGCAAAGGCGGAAAGGGCUCGAACAAUGCCAGAAAAGCACCUCCUGCAGGCUCCGAGGACACACCGGGGCCAGAGACGAAACCGCCAGUGCCAGCGUUGAACAGCACCGUUUCAAAUCUGAAGAAUGAGUUCCAUCGUGCUGAUUCUGAGAUGGAAGGUAGCGUAAAUGGGUUUUCGACACCUCCACCGCCUGGCACUUUGACACCUUUUUGGCCUAACGGCGUAUCACGGAGUGGUGCACCGGGCAGCCAAACUGACUUCUCGGAGGCAGACGGCACUGGUGCCUCUGUUAGUGGCUUUACUCUGGAGGAAGACGCUGAUCUCGAUGACUUGGAGUACAAAACCUGGAAGCAAGUCACCAAAAAGGACAGAGCUAUGAUUGCUGCCGAACGACACCGCCUUUUUCGUGAUGAGAUACUUCAGCCCGAGGAGCCUGCAAUUCUACGCUCGAAAGCUGGCAUGCGGAGAUGGCUUCGUCACCGCAAGGACGCUGAGGCAGACAUUGCAAAAGGCGCCGUUACUGCGCCUGACGGGGAGGAUGGCGUGCAAGCAGUUGCUGGCGAGUCAUUGGCUGAAGGCAUCCAGGACGAAGAGGAGCGCCAGAUCCCGGACUACUAUGAUCCAGUUUGUGUGAUACCGGACCUCAACGAUGCUCUCCAGUGGGUCGAGGAUGCUGAAGGCCACGUCGUUCAGCAACGAGAAGAGUACAUGCGAAUCUUUCCCAAAGGCCAGUUCACAGCACCAGACAGUGCUUUGACCGAGAGAAUGGACAAGAACAUGAACUCGUUACAGGAGACUAGAAAAAUUUGCGCUAAGAUUGGAAUCGUCAAGCAGAUGCAGCUGCAAUCCCAGCUGUAUCAAAAUCAAUUCCAGAAGUACGAGCCUCAGCCGUUCCACGAAGCAGACAUCGAGCCAAUGGUGGUCUCAGAAGAGGGGCCGCCCAUGGCACCUUACGUCUGCCGCGCAGCUUUGCAGCGCAGUGUAGGCAAAAUCUUCUACCACGCUGGCUUCGAGGAGUUUCAGCCAUCUGCCCUGGAUGCAGUCACCGACAUUGCAGCAAAGUUCUUUCAAAAUCUGGUACAGUCUUUUGGUGUUUAUCACGAGACCCCCAAGAUGAAGUCUGAUACUCCGGUGGUUUUGGAAAGUGGGCAGUGCACAAACUGGGUGCCGCGGUUCACUGGGGAGGAGGCUGUUCUGCACUCCUUGCACGUCAAUGGCGUUGACCUGGAGUCUCUGGAGACAUACGUCAAGGAGGACGUUGAAAGACUCGGUACUAAGCUCGCCAGCAUGCACGAUCGUAUGCGCUCUUACUACGCCGAGUUGCUUCGACCGGCUUUGGACAAUGUUGGUGCAGAUGGUGCUGGAGCCUUCAACGAUGGCAGCGAGCAGUUUGUUGGCGGUGACUUCGCUGAAGAUAUCGGUGAAGACUUCUUCGGCUUUAGGGAAUUAGGACUCGACCGAGAAUUUGGCUUGACGUUUAGUGUGCCACUGCACUUGCUGCAGAACAGGGUGCACAAUGCGUAUGCCAGACAAGACAACAGUAAUGUUGCUGCUACGGGUAACAUCAUGGAAGAGCCACCGAAGUUCGAGCCCGUCACUGCACAAGUCGCCGAGAGUCAGAUUGGUCUUGUCCGCGAUUGGCUCCUCAACAAACUCCACAACAACAGCGAUCAGACUCUUGUCGAAGACGAUGACCUUCCACCCAAGCAACGCUUCCCCAAACCUCGCCUGCCUCCUACCGGCAAAAUCUCUAGUCCUCGCAAGCGUCCACUGCGGGAACAGCAACAGCUCGCUCGUAAGAAGCGCAAGCUCGACGAAGAGAAAGAGGAGAACGGUGAGGCGGGCACUGCACCUGCUGGUAUUCUCAAAGGUCUAGGCAAACCAAUCGGUAAGCUAAAAUUGGAGCCUCGCCGAAAUGAACACAGCGUCCAAGAACCAGAGAAAGACGACGGCAGCGGCAUGCCCAGCCCACCUGAGUCUUUCUAAAAGAUCGAAAAAAGUAAUCGCAGCCGGCGCACUAGUAGUCUUCAUUCCAGAGAAAGACAUACUAUUUGUACGAAGAUUUUGGACAGUCGCUACAGUCUUACUAUCACCUUCAGCACAUGGUUUUGGAAAGCCCAGAACGGAUCUUGGCUAAAUAUAAAACUUUAAUGCACCAAGUUAUUGCUAUUACCUCUUCCACGCCUAGAGAUGGCAUCGGCGUUCAUAUCUGAGUCCUGGCUACUGUAUCAACGAUGGGAAUUCGGCUUUUCGCAUUGCGUGGUUAUUGGCCGCUUCGUGAGCAUGCUUUAUUGGUCUUAAUGGGUUGGCGGUGGGAUCGCUAUUUGUAUACCCAUCAGUCUAUGGUUGUUUGCGCGCUUUCACGCACGAGGACGUGCGAUGAUCUGGAUUUGGGCUGGAUCUACGAGUGGAGUGGAAGGGCUUUGUAUAUAUCUAUCCCACAGAUGCGAUACGGCC